AUGUACGCCUCCACCGCUCUCCGCGCCAGAAUGGCCACCUCCCUCGUUGCCCGUCGUGGCUUUUCCACCACCCGCGCCCAGCUCGGCAGCCCCUACCACUACGCUGAGGGUCCUCGCACCAACAUCCCCUUCAACCCUCUGACCAAGCACUUCUUCUGGAGAUACUGGGCUUUCAUGUUCACCGGUUUCUUCGCUCCCUUCGGCAUUGCCGUCUGGCAGACCUACAAGACCCGCUAAAUGCUCUUUCGUCCUGCGUUUCCUCCGCGCGCACUGGCUUUGUGGGGCAUUGGCAAUUGGUCGAAACUGUAUCCUACGUCGGGAGUGCUCGGAAAUUGUGUAUAAAGCUAGAGAAUUUAUUGAGCUCUGAUUCAGCAUGCUGCGGGGCUGUUUGGGCCCAAACAUAAAAUGUGUAGUCUGGGGGUGAAGUGCGGUGUGGUGUUGGUUGUCUGAUGCCGUAUUAGAAUAUGGAUGAAGUCAUUG